UUUAUAAUGUUGUCAGGAUAAUAUUUUUUGUUAGUCUACAUGUGAGUGGAAUUGGCUGUAUUAUCUACCAGGUUGAGAAUUAAAAGAUAUAACUAUAGCCUUGGUUCUGCUAGCUCGUGGACCUUGUUAAGGUUUUUUAAUUAAUAGUUGAUAAUAAUAAUGGUGAUGAUGGUUAUUAAAUGAUGUUGAUGACAGUGAUCAUAUCAUACCGGAUCUUUACUUAACCAAUGAGGGCUUAAGAUAAAUCACAUAUAUUACCCAAUUUUUACAGCAAGGGAUGAGACUACUGGUUCAAAAAUCUGUGGUGAACUUAAUAAGGAUUUAAAUGUAACAAAUAUUCAGCACCAUCAACUCGAUAUCACAUCACAGGACAGUAUCAACAAACUCUACACUCACGUUCAGAAGACAUUUGGGGGAUUGGACAUAUUGAUAAACAAUUCUGGUGUCUUGCUCAAGGUGGGAACUUAAUGUAUUGUAAGGUAUUGGCAUUGGCCUGUGUUAACACCUUAACUCCUGAGAUCUGAUUGUUAGUUCUGCCCUCUAGCUGCCACACAUUUCCUUGUAAAUUAGUUCUGAGAAUUUGGUGUUAGAUCAAGAUAACAACUUUUACCUAAGACAUUUGAGUAUUCUCAUAACCAUGCACACUGGAUAAUGCAUGGAUAUUGUAGGGAGAAGUUACUUGUUAAUCACUUCUGGGAGUUAAAGGGUUUAGUAGUUUUUCUAGACAUUUUGUUUAUCAUCAGUAACCUUCAUUUGGUGCUAAAAUUUGUGCAGGUGUUUGUCCAUGGAAGUGUAGAAACAAAUAGUUUAGCAGGAGUGAAGCUCAAGGAAAACUGUGAGCUUUGCAAUUAUAUCAGUAUUUUCUAUUAUCUUCAAUUAUAUUUCAAACAAAGCCUUCUCAAAAAUCAAAUGUUAAGUUAAAUUUAUUAAUAUAAACUGAGAAAUAUCUCUGGUGUUCCCCUGUUUUUGUUGGGGCGUAUUCCUCCAUGUGAUACAUUUAGACCAAUAGCAUUAGAGUAAAGCUAUUUUAUGGGUAGCAAUGAAUAAUGUAUAAUUUCCAGAUAUUUAAUCGAGUUUAAUUCAGUUUACUAGUGUAAUGGGAGGAUGUUGGGAGAACACAAGAAAAGUGUUGUCAUGUUGAGUCCAUCAGGAGAUUAGUCCCCUCCCCCCCUGCCCUCCUGUCCCCCCUCUAGCAUUUCAUCAAUAUUUCCAUGACAUUCCACUGGUAUCCAUUAGUUUUUCUGGGUGUAGGAAGGCAAUAUAGGAAUAAGGAGUCAGAGACAGUCACAAUCAGAGUAAAUAUUCAAAGUUAUUGAUUGAAUCCAACAACAGAAAACUGUGCCAUAUGUUGAAAGAGCUGAGACAACUAUAGAGACAAACUAUUUUGGAACACUGAACAUGUGUAAGAGCUUCUUCCCUCUCCUUCGACAUCAUGCCAGGUAUUCUUUCUAACUAAGUGAUAUUAUUCUUUAUAACAGCUGUACAGAAUUUUUGCACAGGCCAAAAUGGCCAGGAAUCACAUUUUAUGUCACCGUCAAUUUUGUUGGUUGAAUAGUUUUUAUUGAGUGACUGCAAGGUCUGUACUGCAAGUAACAGACCUAGUUAUUCCACCUUCAGUUUAUGAUCCAAGAGCACUGCAUGCAAAGCAUGGUUUUACUGUUUUUCUUUUUUGUUUGUUCCAUUUUUACUUGUCAGGGUGGUUAAUGUAUCCUCUGGGCUUGGAGACUUGCGUUGUGUUUCACCAGCACUGCGAAAGAAAUUUUCCUCCCCAAAUCUAACUGUUACAGAAAUUACAUCUCUCAUGGAAAAAUACAAGAGGUACUUUUCAAGUUUAUUCGAGACAAAUUAAAAUCACUUUAACCUGUUAAUGCAAUGAUAAUUUUGAUCAUGCAUUAUUUAGAAGUUGUUUGCUCAUUAACUUGGAGGUAUUAUUUAAAUUAGUGUCCCAUGCAAGUUCAAACCCACAUACAGAGUGUUUAUUGGUAAUAACAUGAAUAAUUAUCUGGCUAUUCCACACUGUGAUGUUUUAUAUUUGGAUGUGGAGGAUGUUCUCUUGUCUCUUUUUACUAUUCUCUUUUGACUAUAUUUCAUAAUGAACACCCUGCAUGGAUGAUUUUAGAAAUCAGUAGGAGUGUUCAGCCCCACUUUGUGAUCUUGUUGAACAUUAUUAAUAUUAUUCAAAGACAAUAUUCGCAUUCUGUCUACAAAGGGUUUUUCAGUUUUAAGUCUUCCUCUCUGGCACAGGACAGAGCCAUGGGGUGACUUAGAGUAUAGCUACCUUCUCUAUCCCUGGAUAGGAUGCUAGUUCAUCACAGGUUAACCCCCCAUCCCCACCCCACCCAUAGCUUUUUGUCAGAUUUCCUAGACAGUUCCCCAGUAUCCACUUCUACUUCAGGGUGUAGAGAGGGACUGAAAGAGUAAAGUGUCUUACCCAAGAACAUAACACAACAACUCCAGCCUGGACUGGAGGGAGACCUUUAAAUUGGAAACCUUAUUUGAAAGCUAUUAUGGCCACAAAGGCUUCUUAGUGGAAUUUACAGUCACUCUUUCCCAUGGGGUAUUACAUCUGCAUACUGUCCUUUCAGUAACUGCACAAAUGGCAUUAAUUCUGACUAGCAUAUAUUUUCAAUUCUGAGGAAAUUCUUAUUUUCUCCCAUAGGGAUGCUAAGGAAGGGAAGGUGACAGAGAAUGGUUGGCCGGAUGAUUCUUCCUCAUUCACUCCAGGUGAAUGAUAUAUAUAUAUAUAUAUAUAUAUAUAUAUAUUAAUUUACUUUCCAAACUGACUUGAACACACUACAACUUCGAACACUAUUCAUCUCUCUACAUUGUUGUCAUAAAAAGUUUAAAAUCAAUAUUUUCUCAUAUCUGGCAAUAAUCAUAACUGAGCUGAUUUCGAAAAUAAUUCUCUCCUCAGCUUACAGUGUCUCCAAGAUAGGCGUAACAGCUAUGAGUAUGGUACAAGCAAGAGAAUUAAAAAAUGAUCAGCGUGAAGGGAUAUUGGUUAAUUCUGUGAGUAUUGACAAGACAGACAGAUCCCUUUUUCUGUGCCUAAAUUGUGCUAAGAAAUUUGUGUGUUCUCUAAAUCCUGUUAUAACAUAACGGCCAAUUUAUGACAAAUUUAGGUUUGUCCUGGCUGGGUGCGAACUGACAUGGGUGGCCCUAAUGCAGAGCGAAGCCCAGAAGAAGGUUAGUUCACUAUUUAUAUAAACUUUUUUCAUAAUUUUCCUUUCCAUUCUCUUUUACUCUUUCCCUUUUUUUUGUUUUUUUUUUUUUUUUUUUUUUGGGUCCCAUUUUAUUUCUUUAGCUUUCACUCUGUAUUUUUUUCUCUAUUGUCUCUCCAACCCUAGUGGCAGGCAACCUGCGAUGAAUAAUCAUCCCUUUAGGAGAAGUCGACAUUUUUCUUGUUAUUCCAAGCUACAGAAACCACAGAUAAGCAUUCUCAGUGAUGGGAAAUAAUGUCCUAAAGAUUUACCCCCAUUUUUAAUCCAUUUAUACCUGUCCAAUUCUAUUUACUUUUCCUCAGGAGCAGACACUCCAGUUUAUUGUGCCCUUCUUCCCAAAGGAACAACAAGUCCUAAUGGAGAGUUUUUGCAAAACAGGAAAAUUGUCCCUUGGCUUCCAGGCAAAUUAUAGUAAUUUGUUUGAAAAGCCAUACUUAGGUUUUUGCAUAACAUACUCACUAAAGAGAUUAACCCUUCAACUCUCAUGAUCUGAUUGUUGAUUCUCCCCUUUAGACUGCUACACAUUUCCUUAUAAAUCAGUUAUAAGAAUUUGGUGUUGGAUCAAGACAAAAACUUCUACCUGUUAAGUUUGAGUAUUCCUAUUACCUGUUUGCUGGGUAGUGUAUAGAUAUUGUUGGGAGAAGUUGCAUGUUAAUCACUUCUGGGAGUUAAAGGGUUAAACUUGAUUCAUCUGUACCAGUUAGUUCGUUUUGAUUGGUAGUUGAAAUGUGAACGAUAGCAUUUUUGUUUAUCAUCAUUCGUGAAUUUUUAAAAAUUUAUUUUUUAGGGGGGGAGGGGUAGGGGAAAAAACUACUUAAGGAAGAUAGCAAUAGAAUGUGACCGAAGAGUAGUUUCUCACUUCAGUGUGUGGUACCAAUAAGUGUCAAAUAAACUUUUGGAAAACAAAUAUUCUCGCAGCAUAAUGAAACACAAAGACAAAAUGGAGGCUUGAUUACUAGAACUCAAAAGCUUGGUUUGACCAUAAAUGGAUGUAGCUUUGUUAUAAAUUGUUAGGAGGAUUCUUGCGUGUGUAUGUGAAGUGUUGUUGUUUGAAAUAACCAUUCACUUUCCAUUUGUCACUUACAACUGUUUUGUGUAACAGAUACCUAACAGAUAUUAAGAAUUCUUUUCCUAAGUACAAACCAUCUUUUGUAGACUCAACAAUAAAUGAAUCAUGCUCGCACAACACUUCCGAGAAGACUUUGGUGGUAAAUUUGUUCUGUUUUCUCUCUUAAUUCUUACGAAUGUCUUCUUUGCGUUUGUAUCAAAACCUAGAAGAAUUUUUUUGUCUCGUCGACUGAGACUUACUUUGUAUUUGGUAUUUCAGUUACCAAGUUGAAUUUUCAUGUACGCUGCCGCUGUGAUUCGAUAUGAUUUGACUUUAGCCAAGCUAUUCCCUCGUAUUCGCUGGUAAAAUAAUUUCGAUCGCAAAACUGAGGAGAUUUUUAUUAUGCACAUUGGUUGUAACCAAGAAACAUGCCCUGUCAAAUGAGAGUACCUUCAACGAAAACUGAAUAAUAAUAACAAAGAAAAGUACCAAGAAACGAGUGGCGAAAUAACAAAUUCUGGAAUCGUUUAUUUGCUUGAGUUUUGUGUUAUGGCACAGUUAGGAAGAUGAUGUAACGAUUUAAUUCCCUGUCGUGCGUCAAAAACAUGUGGUAUUCAACUUUAGAAAACACCCGGCAACUUCGGUGAUACAGAACAGUCGAACGCACAAACGUUAUGACUUUUGAAACAUUGAGUUUGCCUUGGUUUUUAGCGAGAUAUCGAUAAAUGAUUGCGUCGCGCAAAAAGAAAGUUUAUUUGCUUCUGUCGUGGAUGAAAACAUUAUCAAAUGACUUGGAACUUAGAGACGUGAAAAAGGUGGGGGCAGCUUGCUUUUAAAACGAGUUGCUGUAAACAGUUCAGUGUGCUGAAAUCGCUUGAUCAAUAAAUAAUGUAAUACGUACUUGCGAAACGUUUCUGACGACUUUAGCGAUUGAAUGAACCAAAAAGAAAGGAAAUAUUGGUCCAAUAUCACUCCCAGAAUGUCCUUAACGAUGUGAUUUGAUGACGUUAAAACAAACCGAUUAAUUUACGAGCACAAUGCGAGGAAACGUCUGCGAAACAAUACGUCCAUCUGCUGAAUGAGUUCUGUUUUUUUUAUCUUCUAGUUUCUUGUUACACCUUUUUCUUUCAUGUGGUAUAUCUUUAAAAAUUACAUUACAGCAUUUUGUUUAAUUAAGAGCACUUUGUUUUCUUAUGAGAAUUUUCCGCCCAAUUUCCGGCAGGAAAACUGGAAUGAAAGCAAAUUAACUUCGAAAUGGUUAUUUUGCUAUUAAUUCGUAACAAGUUAAAAAUUGUUUAUUUUUACAGCGCGAGGAAAUUUCCUCGAACUUUUUUUAUUUAAACCUUUAGCCAGCGUGGCACCGGGAUUAAUUAGACGGGAUGUAACAAAGACUGAAGGAUUAGUGGGCAAACAAAGUGCAAUUUUUAUGUUAAUAGUUUUCAGAUUUAAUAUUGCCCUGAAAACUGCUUUGUUUAUUUUAAACACUUGUAGACCUCUCCGCUUACAUCGUAGCCAUUUCGUUUUAUAGUUCUCCUAUUCUUAUGGAAAAAUCUUCGACUUCUCCCUUAGUUCGUUGCCUAGACGAAGUACCCGGCUACGAGGAACGAAAGAACGACGUGGUGUUUUGCGGUUCAGACGCUCAACAACAUGUUGUAUUUUUCCCUGGUGAUGUUCAGGUGAGGUCAACAGAUUUUGUAGUUGGAAGCGUUAGGCUGAAAACGCCGAAGAAUACUUGAUCAGAACACAAGCCAUUCAACUGUGAUGUACGCGCGUGCAACUUCACGCCAUUUCCAAUUUCUCUAUUUUUCGUUUGUGCGCUAAGUUGCUUAAGAAGUAUUUUUCACGGUAAUGUGAUUCUGUUGUCUUCCAUCGCGCGGUUCUGCUUUGAAUUUUUUCCUCAAUCCGACUUCUUUUCAGUUUCCAUACCGACUCGAAUUUUGGUUUGAACAGAAUGCAGACCAUCGCAAAAUGUUUAAGAAACUCUGCAUAUAGUGUAACUCUUUUUAUUUGAAUGAGACAUAAAUGUAAUGAACUGAACUAAGAUGCUUUGUUUAUCGAGCUGUUGAGUUUAACAGCUUCAAAAUGGAAAGCUCUGUACCGAACGAUUGGUUCAUCAAGCAAUAUAUUCGAUAAAAAGCAGAUUUUAUCAAACUGCAUCAUUGACAACGGAGCACAAACUGCUGACACAAUGCAAUUGAUAUUUUUUCACUGGUUGAAUUAGUUUUCAACACAUUCAUCAAACUAUCAGUACACUGUUCACUCCUUCAAACAAAGUCGUUUGUUUUGUGUUUUAUAUGUAAUCCCUCAAGGCAUUGAAAUACGUCAGUUUAUUGUGUCAGAUGUUCUUGUUAUAUCUUGUGGGUUUACAACAUUUUACCAUCAAUGCACGAAUUUCCGAAAUGAUAGAUUUCGCUCGAGAAACCUUGACGAUUUGAAAGUAAAACUUCACUUCCGUAAAACGAGCUGAACGCAACUUCUGAAAAAAUAAACAAAAUUUGAAAGCACCUAAUUGAUGGGUGUAGAAUUACGCAUCUCUCGUUUUGAAUUUCCUUGUUCGCGACCUCGAUUUUUUCAGCGCUAUUUCGAAAGACAAUAUUAUUGUUUUCAAAACGGAACGUUUAAGCAGAGGUUAAAAGGAUGAAAUUCAGGCAUCGAGUUUGAAUCGCACGAGACAAUCGUCUAUUGUGAAAUCCUGUGUCUCCUUGCCCGUUUCAUGGCUUAGAUUAUUUUGCAAAUGAAAAUAUAGUUCUCAUUCUUUCUACAAUCCCACUCCAAUUCAUUUUACGUCGUGUCUACUUUUCUGCUUUGUCUCGAAAAGUUACCGAACAAUCGGUUUAUUACCUUUGUCCAAGACGGUGUCCAACAUUGACAACGAUUUUGGCAGUUCAGAAAACAAGAGUAAGAAUUUGAAACUUUUCUUAAUUAUCUUUGAGCGUUCGAUUGCCAUACUUAAAAUUUUGGCAAAUGUUGAUCAAAGAUGACAGUCGAGAGAAUAAACGCUAAAAGGUAUUAAUAAAGGUUAAUACCUAUAUACACAGAGUCUUCGCGGCAAUUUGUGCUCCUCAAGCAUUCCGCUUUCAGCCUUACAAGCUCGAUAUGCGCAACAGGAACUGUCAUCAAUAGAGCGUUUACAACUCAAAUUUCUUGAUUUUCAGGAUUAUGAAGAAAACAUGGAGAGUCACAGAGAUAAUAAGAAAUGGAAACAGUGGAGUUUGGAAUCUACGGCGAAAAUAUUAGAAAGAAGAUUUCCAAAUAGCUUUGUAUGGGUCAUUCGUCCUUCAAGAUAUCAUCAGAGCACUUUCGCAUGUUAUCAUAACUUUGUUGAAGCUAACCUGCUCGGUGUCCCUGAUCAUACAAAUCACGAUUACGGAGCUUUGUUUCACUUAAGAGCAUUGCUGGAGUCUGCGGUGAAAAAGCGUAAGUAUUCAGAGUCCUUUUGUUUAGAUUAAUUUCCGCCAAACGAACAAGCCCAGAUUUGUGUUUGUUUCGCUUGCUGUCCAGUGGCGAUUAGUCUUGAAAAUUUGCGUCACAUUUAAACCAAUCAGAAUCAAAUUGUGCUCCACUCGAAACUUGAUCACGUGCUCUUUCCCGCGCUCGGAACAGUUUACAUGUUUGUACUAAGAGUUGUCUUUUGGCUUCUUCUUUUUCUUCCUCUGUUCUGAUUGGAUUAGCUCUCCCUAUUUUUUGUAGCUCAGAUUUCUCUGAUGUUCCUUGUCUACGUGUUUUUUGUGGAAAACUUACCCCUGACUUUCCCAAAAAUACUAGUUGCAAAUUUUCAGCAAUUUUCAAUUUAGUGUCAAAGGUAAUCCGGGAUUGCUUUGAUUUUACUUACCUUUGCUCUGUGAUUGGUCCGUAAAACUCGCACCAUCCUCUCAACCAAUCAGAUGCAAAACUAACAACAAUCGCAACCUGGUCAUUGGCGUUUUCCCGCGCCUCAAGCAGCGCGCUCGUUUUCACUUUAUGUUCUCAUUGGCUGAUGAUAAUGUAAACCUGUGUUCUGAUUGGUCGAUGGGAUUACUUUGGUUUCGGUUUUUCGACAUUCGAUUGAAAACUGUUCGCUUGUCAACCAACGCAACCUGUUUACUCACGAUAUUUUUUAAUUGAGGACGUUGGCAUGUGUUCUCUCUUGACAUUUAUCUUUUUUCCGAUGGUCGUUGCAAAUUUUUAAGCUAUGCAAUAAUCUGGUCAUAAUUGAAAACUCAGACUAAUUUUUCCUAGAAUUAUCAACCCAACCUUUAAAUUCCUUUCCUUUUAUCCAUGCAGUUUUAGAUGUCCCGAAAGAAGAGGAGGACCCCACGUUUGAUUUCCCAGUGAUUCUUGUUGGUUUUAGUAAGGGCUGUGUUGUUCUAAAUCAAAUUAUUUACGAGCUCUACAUGGUGUCUGCUGGAGUGGACUCACGUCUCAAUGAAUUUGCAUCGCGUAUUAGUGCCAUGUAUUGGUUGGACGGCGGCCAUAGUGGCGAGUCGAACCUGUGGGUAACAGAUGAAAAAUUUCUUUACCAUCUGGCUACUCACGUGCCAAGAAUUCGUGUGCACGUGACGCCUUAUCAGAUCGGGGAAGAAACGCGGCCGUCGAUUAAAAAGGAGCUGAAGAAGUUUGAGGACAGUCUUCGUUCGCUUGGCGCGAAUAUCAAGGUCAAAUCUCAUUUUCAAGGCACGCAGCCAUAUCUCGCUUUCCACUUUAAACUUCUUGAAAGUUUUUAG